GCAGCAGAAGAAGAAGAAGAAACUUCGACAACACACGCAUUCCGCCACCGCGUCCUUCAGAUAUUUUUCCAGCUCUUUUAAAGUUUAUUUUCCCUGAAUCAUCGACUCUUCUCCAGCGGCAGCUCCGCGGCAGUAUACCGGGACAGCGCAGCUGCGAUGGCGGCCGAGCGGCGCGAGGACAAAGAUGGUGAGCUCAAUGUUCUGGAGGAUUUGUUGACCGAAGCUCCCGAUCAAGACGAUGAACUCUACAACCCCGAGACGGAGCGUGAACUCACUGACAAGAAAGGAACCAAGAGGAAGAGUGAGCGCUCUGACAGCCAGGACCUGAAGAGGAUCCGCUCCUCGGGCCACGCCCCCUCCAGAUCCUCCUCCUCCUCCAACAAGAGAGGCUUGGGCUCGUCCCUGUCUUCCUCCAAGAAGGUGUCCAGCCCCCGCGGCCGCCACACUGCCAGCUACCGUCACGACUACUAUGAAGAGCGAAAGGGGCGUCGAGGGCCCCGAGAGGGGCCCAGAGAAGGGCCCAGAGAAGGGCCCAGAGAGGGGCCCCGAGAGGGGCCCAGAGAGGGGCCCCGGAGCCGCGCUGGAGAUGAUGGCCGCCGCCGAGAUUCGCACAGGGGCCUGGAGAGCUUGAGUCAGAAGCUGCGGCAUGAUGAGCGGCGGGAAAGCCCCGCCCCCCAUGAUGAAGACAACCAGUCAGAGGAGGAGGUGGCAGCAGAGUACGGCUCUGACCAGGUCUCAGGCAGCUCCUCUCCUGCCGCUUCCCAUGUAGGAGAGGAAGAGGAGGAGCAGGAGGAGGAAGAUGAAGAGGAAGAGGGCAUGGAGGACGAGGAGGAGGAAGAGGAAGAAGAGGAGGAAGGAGAGAAGGAGGAUGACGAGGAAGAGGAGGAGGAAGAGGAAUACGAUGAGCGUCGGGGCGGCGCCGAUGGGAACGACUAUGACACUCGCAGCGAGGCCGGCGACUCCUGCUCCUCCUCCGUCAGCUUCUCAGAUGAAGGCGGGUCAGCACACUCGGGCUCUGGGUCCGAGGCCUCAGGAUCGGGGAAAAAGCGUGAGAAGCUGUCAUCGUCCGUUCGAGCUGUUCGUAAAGGGAUGGAAAACCCCACCACCAAACUGCGUUAUAUCCUGCGGGAUGCGCGGUUCUUUCUCAUCAAGAGCAACAACCACGAGAACGUUUCCCUGGCCAAAGCAAAGGGCGUUUGGUCGACGCUACCGGUCAACGAGAAGAAGCUGAACGCGGCGUUCCGCGCUGCUCGGAGCGUCAUCCUGGUUUUCUCCGUGAGGGAGAGCGGGAAGUUCCAAGGUUUUGCUCGUUUGGCGUCAGAGUCUCAUCACGGCGGUUCUCCGAUCCACUGGGUUCUUCCAGCUGGCAUGAACGCAAAGAUGCUGGGAGGAGUGUUCAAGAUCGACUGGCUGUGCAGGCGGGAGCUUCCUUUCAUCAAGACAGCGCACCUGUCCAACCCCUGGAAUGAACACAAGCCUGUCAAGAUUGGCCGUGACGGACAGGAGAUCCAGCCCGACAUCGGUGCGCAGCUUUGUGCCCUGUUCCCCCUGGAUGAGAGCGUGGAUAUUCACCAGGUGGCUCGCCGCAUUCGUCACAAGCGUCGGACCCCAUCGGAACCUCGGCCUAGAGGCCGACCGCCUCAGCGUGAACCGGGAAGGCGUCGCCCUGAGGAGUACGACAUCCACGGCAGGAAGCGACCACGAACCGAUGGUCUGCCGGACUUCAGUCAGAGAACAGGGUUCAUCCAGGACCUACGGAAUCAACCAAUGGACAGGAGAUUCUCCAGCGUCAGAAGGGACGUGUUCCUCAACGGGUCAUACAACGACUACAUGAGGGACUACCACCACAGCGUCGGGCCCCCGGCUCCCUGGCAGACUCUGGCAGCGUACCCUGGAGUGGAGCAGCAGCCUCCCCACCACCCCCCCUACUACCACCACAGCCACCCCCCGCCCCCGCCACACCAGGCCUACCACCACCAUCACCACCCCGCUCUGCCACCUCACGACGCUCCUCCCCCCCGCUUCAGAGACAAGCAGCGUGUGCCGCAGCACCGCACCUUCACGUCCAGCCCGCAUGACUACGACAUGCGUGUGGACGACUUCCUCCGGCGAACGCAGGCGGUGGUGAGCAGCAGGCGCGAGCGUGAGCGGCAGCGGGAGCGCGAGCGAGGCGGACCACGCCGCGACCGAGAGCGCGAGCGACCAAGGGACCGGGAGAGGGAGAGAGAGAGGGACAAGGAGAGGGGGCGGUACCGACGGUGAACCAGCAUCAACAAGGACUUUUAUUUUAAGUUGACAGCGUCACCCCCCAAGAGUUUUCAGUUUCUUUUGACAAUUAUGAAUAGAGAAAAGAAAAGAGCUCCACGAUAACAUCAGCAGUUUUCCUUUUGAAUACAGUGAAAACUGGUAAAUCUGUGAGAUCACAUGAUGACAACCUGGACAAUUUUUUCUUUCAACUUUCCUUGUCAUGUUUCAUUUUAUUGUGAAAGGUUGAGCUGUGUUUCCUGUAAAACCCUCCUUUUAGAGUUGUUCAGGAACUUUUAUUUUUUCACUGAUGUUUCAUCACCUUCUGUUUUCCUGCUCUGAUUGGUCAUUACAGUGCUGCUCGUUCUGUUUUUUGAGUUAUAUGUUAUUCUGUUAUUGAGUAUAUGAGAAAUACCCAGCUGGUGUACUACUCUCUGGAGUGGAAGAGACUGGAUCCCAAGAUUCAGGGGCCACUUUAGUAGCUAGUGGCAGUAGUCAUAAGGCUGGUUUUAGGGUAUUAAUGACCAGUGUACCAGUAUGGAGUAAAUACUGAAUUGUGGGCAGUAUGACAGUAUGAGCUUUAGAGAAUGGCCUUCUUGUGUUUAAAGUUGAAUUUGUUACUUUGUGUCUCAGAUAAAGCUCCUUCACAAUAAAACAAUCAUGAUGGUCAUUGGGACCGCCUUUUUUUCCCCCCAUGAUGCUCAGCAACCGUUUUACCUGCUCAACCCCCGAGGGGAAAUACUGAAAUA